AUGUUUGGGGCUGUAAGCAGGGUCGGCAGCGGCUUUUUAGCCGCUAAAACAGCAGCUGAAAAAGUACUUUCAGAAUGUGGCAAAGUUGCAGCAGUUGCUGGAAACAAGAGGGAUUACGCAGCUAAGGCCUCUGGAAAAGGGCAAGGUAAGGUAGUUGCAGUCAUCGGUGCUGUUGUGGACGUACAAUUCGAAGACAACCUACCUCCCAUUCUAAAUGCCCUCGAAGUCCAAAACCGAUCUCCCCGCCUGGUCCUGGAGGUGGCCCAGCACUUGGGUGAGAACACCGUCCGCACCAUCGCCAUGGACGGUACCGAAGGUCUGGUCCGCGGACAGCCCGUCCUGGACUCCGGCUCUCCCAUCCGUAUUCCCGUGGGAGCAGAGACCCUCGGCCGUAUCAUUAACGUGAUCGGAGAACCCAUCGACGAGCGUGGCCCCAUCCCCACCGACAAGACGGCCGCCAUCCACGCCGAAGCUCCCGAGUUCGUGGACAUGUCCGUGCAGCAGGAGAUCCUGGUCACCGGUAUUAAGGUAGUAGAUCUGCUCGCUCCCUACGCCAAGGGAGGUAAGAUCGGUCUGUUCGGCGGUGCCGGAGUCGGCAAGACCGUACUUAUUAUGGAACUUAUUAACAACGUAGCCAAGGCCCACGGUGGUUACUCCGUAUUCGCCGGUGUCGGCGAGCGUACCCGUGAAGGUAACGAUCUGUACCACGAGAUGAUCGAGUCUGGUGUCAUCUCCCUCAAGGACAAGACUUCUAAGGUAGCUCUGGUAUACGGUCAGAUGAACGAGCCCCCCGGCGCCCGUGCCCGUGUCGCCCUCACCGGAUUGACCGUCGCCGAGUACUUCCGUGACCAGGAAGGUCAGGACGUACUUCUCUUCAUUGACAACAUUUUCCGUUUCACACAAGCCGGUUCAGAGGUGUCCGCUCUGUUGGGUCGUAUUCCCUCCGCCGUAGGUUACCAGCCCACCCUGGCCACUGACAUGGGUACUAUGCAGGAGCGUAUCACCACGACCAAGAAGGGCUCUAUCACCUCCGUGCAGGCCAUCUACGUGCCAGCUGAUGACUUGACUGACCCUGCCCCAGCCACCACCUUCGCUCACUUGGACGCCACUACUGUACUGUCUCGUGCCAUCGCCGAGUUGGGUAUCUACCCCGCUGUGGACCCUCUCGACUCCACCUCACGUAUCAUGGACCCCAACAUCAUUGGUGCCGAGCACUACAAUGUCGCCCGUGGAGUCCAGAAGAUUCUCCAGGAUUACAAGUCACUUCAGGACAUUAUCGCUAUCUUGGGUAUGGACGAGUUGUCUGAGGAAGACAAGCUGACCGUAGCCCGCGCCCGUAAGAUCCAGAGAUUCCUGUCCCAGCCCUUCCAGGUAGCUGAGGUGUUCACCGGCCAUGCUGGAAAACUGGUGCCUCUCGAGGAGACCAUCAAGGGAUUCUCUCAAAUCCUUCAGGGAGAGUAUGAUCACCUACCAGAAGUUGCAUUCUACAUGGUUGGACCCAUCGAAGAAGUUGUAGCUAAAGCUGAAACCUUGGCCAAGAGCGCGUAA